AUGGUUGCGGUUAAUCGAAACGGUUUUACUCUGCUUGGAAAGGAAGUGGCAAGGAGCAAGCCGCCACGAUGGAACAUCAUUUUCAUCCAUGGUCUUCGGGGCCAUCCACAGAAUACGUGGGGCCGGGGCUCUGACGAAAGCCCGGAUGCCGAGCGGGAACCUACUCCUAAACCUACAUCGAGGCUCAAAACUCUCUUUAAGCGCGACAAGUCCCAACUUCGAUCCGAUCGAUCCAGUUCCGGGCCAAGCAGCCCACAGCCCCGUCCCUUCUGGCCAGACGAGUUCAUACCGCACGAUAUCCCCGAAGCCAUAGUAUGGACGUACGGAUACAAUUCAGAGGUGAUAAGUGGUCUUUUUACGCCAAAUAAUGCAAAUAGCGUCUUCCAGCACGGCCGGGACCUUGCUGGGCGGUUUGAGCGGGAGAUAAAGAACGAGCAUCCGGUGAUUUUUGUUGCACACAGCCUGGGGGGCAUCAUCCUCAAAGAGGCCAUACGAAAGUCGCAGGUGUGCCGAUCAAGAACCAAGCUAAUUAUCUUUCUCGGCACUCCUCAUCGUGGGAGUCGCGCUGCUAGCUGGGGCGUGACCGCAGCCAAGCUAGCCCGCCUUGCCUUUUCUCCGAACAUAACCCUCGUGGAGUCCCUCGACGUGGACAGCCUUGCGCUCGAUACAAUACAUGAAGAAUUCAUAAACAUUGUGCAUGAUUUUCAGCUACAAAUCCAUUCCUUCCAGGAAGGGCGGCCGAUGUCGACGAUCCCAGGACAUAUUGAGAAGAUUGUUGACGACUUCUCAUCAAGGCUUGGCCUGCCCCAAGCUUUUGAGAGGGUUGAGACGCUCGAUGCUGACCAUAAACAGAUGGUCAAGUGCACAGGCAGGGAAGAUGACCGCUAUCGAACUAUUCGUAGUGUGAUACAGCAUUUUAUCCACCGGCCACCGGUUGAGGCAAGCUCUGCCGCAAGAAUCACCAAUAUGACAACCUCGCUCUCUUUAGAGGCCGGAGCACCUCGGUUAGACACCACAGAAACAGACCGGGUGUUCUUUUGCAUUCCAUUCAUGUUGAACUCCCGUUUCGUAGGACGGGACAACAUUCUAUCUAAGAUCUCAACCACCCUGUUCACCAACAAUGGAUACAACAGACUUGCCCUGGUUGGUUUGGGGGGCAUCGGUAAAUCGCAGAUUGCCAUCCAGUUUGCGUUCUGGGUCGAACAGAACAAGCCCAAAGUUUCGGUUUUUUGGCUUUCGGCGUUGAGCAAAGCCAGCUUUGAGCAGUCUUGCCGGGAAAUCGUGACACAAUGCGACCUUCGUCAAUCUUCUGCGACUAUUGAUAAUGAUGCCACAAUAUUAGUGCAGCAAUACCUAACCUCGAAAGCCUCUGGGAAAUGGGUUUUAAUUCUGGACAACGUGGACGAUGCGCAAAUUCUUGGGCGACCUAUACAUUCCUUCCUUCCCAAAAGUAGGGGUGGAUUGAUGCUUUUUACGACACGGUCUCAACAGAUCGCCAGUGACCUUGCUACCAGCGAAGUCAUCAGAAUCCCUGAGAUGUCCCCGGCGGAGGCGAAAGGGUAUCUGGAAAAUUCACUCUCUCAGAAGGACUUAAUCAAAGAUGAAGCCGCCACUGAAGCCCUCUUACGAACACUCACUCAUUUGCCUUUGGCAAUUACUCAAGCUGCAGCAUUUAUCAACAGUAAUAGUGUUUCAAUUGCCCGAUAUCUUGACUUAAUCAACCAGGCUGAUGGGAAUAUGGUUGAGCUGCUCAGCAGUGAGUUUCAGGAUGAGACAAGAUACCCCGAAAGCGCAAAUGCUGUGGUUGCGUCCUGGCUCGUGUCUUUCAAUCGAAUUAGCGAGACAGACACAGUUGCCACCAGAUUUCUCUCGUUCCUGGCCUGGAUCGAGCCAAAGGGAAUCCCUCAAUCCAUAUUUCCCGAGGAAUCCGAGAUCGAGCUAUGCCGAGCUAUUGGGACACUUCUAGGUUAUGGGUUCUUGUCCCAACGAAAGGAGAAUGGUAUAUAUGAUAUGCACAGCCUUGUUCACUUGGUGACUCAGACGUGGAACAGCAACCACGGGGAAAAUUCGUGGACUUUGAGAGAAACUAUGUCUCAAAUCAUCAUGGUCUUCCCAUCUAUUAAGUGGGAGAAUCGCGAAGUGUGGAGGCAAUACCUUCCUCAUUCAUUACGGGCUCUGCAAAAUGCUGCUACGCUCGAUGAUGAAGGGACCCGCUUGGGGCACUGGAUUGGCAAGUCCCUUCGAGAAGAUAGGCGCGACCAAGAAGCAAUUGAAGUGCUUGAGCGUGUGUUACAAUUCCGGAAUGAAGCUCUUGCAGAGGACCACCCAGACCGCCUGGCAUCACAACAUUCACUAGCAAGUGCUUACCAAGAUAAUGGGCAGGUCAAAGAGGCAAUUAGUCUACUAGAGAAGGUGGUUUUCAUUGAAUCAGGACUUCUUGCAGAGGACCACCCAUCCCGCCUGUCAUCACAGCAUGCACUCGCAAGUGCGUACCAAGAUAAUGGGCAGGUCAAAGAGGCAAUUAGUCUACUAGAGAAGGUGGUUUUCAUUGAAUCAGGACUUCUUGCAGAGGACCACCCAUCCCGCCUGUCAUCACAGCAUGCACUCGCACUUGCUUAUAACGAUGAUGGGCAGGUCAAAGAGGCAAUUAGUCUACUAGAGAAGGUGGUUUUCAUUAAAUCAGACCUUCUUGCAGAGGACCACCCAUCCCGCCUGUCAUCACAGCAUGCACUCGCACUUGCUUAUGACGAUGAUGGGCAGGUCAAAAAGGCAAUUAGUCUACUAGAGAAGGUGGUUUUCAUUAAAUCAGACCUUCUUGCAGAGGACCACCCAUCCCGCCUAGCAUCACAACAUGCACUUGCAGUUGCUUACAAAGGUAACGGGCAGAUAAAAGAGGCAAUUAGUCUACUAGAGAAGGCGGUCUCAAUCCGAUCAGACCUUGCAGAAGAUCACCCAUCCCGCUUGUCAUCACAGCAUGCACUUGCAGUUGCUUACCAAGACAACGGGCAGGUAAAAGAGGCAAUUAGUCUACUAGAGAAGGUGGUCUUGAUCGAGUCAAAUCUUGCAGAAGAUAACCCAUCCCGCCUGUCAUCACAGCAUGCACUCGCAAGUGCUUAUGACGAUGAUGGGCAGAUCAAAAAGGCGAUCAAGCUCCAGGAGCAAGUGGUCUCGAUAAGACAGAGAACACUUGCAGAGGACCACCCAAAGCGACUUGCUUCAGAAGAAAAUCUGAAAUAUUUUCAUCAAGCCUAUCGUCAAUGA